CGAUAGUGCGACUCGUUUAUAGAAGACCAAUAUAAACAUAAGGAUUAAAGGCCCGAGGAACAAAGCUGGUUGUCAACGUAGCACAAAUAAGUGAAAGGAAAACAAGAAUGGAGACUCCUAUAAAACAAAAUGGUGAAAAGGAGGAUAUUAAAAAGCCAUUGUUAGUUGACGAACAGAAUGGAAAAAAUGGGCAUGAAGACACCCCAGAUGCCAAGGGAGCUACAACAACAACAGAUGCUGGAUCCCGGGGAAAUGUAGGAGGGGUGAUCCCAACUUCAAGUCUAGCUAGAAUGUCAGUUGAGAGUGAAGCUAUGCGUUAUAGUAUUACUCACCGUCGGCGUGGACAUUGUAUAAUAUUCAACCACCGUGUAUUCGACCGUGUGACUGGACUUGGGGAACGUAAUGGCACAGACCGUGACCGUGACCAGGUGCAGCAGCAGUUUAUCGGAAUGGGCUUUGAAGUCAAGGUCUUCAAUAACUUGACUGUUGCUGAAAUUAAAACUGAGGUCCAAGACUUGGCCUUUGGUACGGAUCAUGCUGAUAGUGAUAUGGUGGCUGUAGUUUUCAUGUCACAUGGUGAACAAGACAUCUUGUGGGGUAGAGAUGCCCAUUUCAAGGCUGAUUUCCUGUUUGAAAGCUUUCAUGGAGAUCAGUGUAAGACACUUGCAGGGAAACCAAAGCUGUUUUUCAUACAGGCAUGCCGUGGAGAUGGUUUAGAUGCUGGUGUAACACUGGUGCGCUCACGCCCAAGUGAUGAGACUGACUCAGGUUACUUAGCAUACAAGAUACCCAACACAGCUGAUUAUCUAAUUUGCUGGUCCACUGUGCCAGGUCAUUUUUCAUGGCGUAACACCACGAAUGGGUCAUGGUUCAUACAGUCGCUGGUGCAUGUGCUGAACAGGGACUCUGGCCAUGAUGAUUUGCUCUCCAUGAUGACAAGUGUAAAUAGACACAUGAUUAUCAACUUUGAAUCCAACUGCCCCUCUCAGCCCCACAUGCAUGGAAAAAAGCAGGCUGCCAGCAUUGUUUCUACUCUUAUGCGCAAAGUGUUCCUCACACCCAAAUACUGACUAGAUAAAGAGUGUAGAAACAAGUUGGGUUAUAUGGACCAUUCAGCCAAACUUCCAGUGGGAGCACCAAUUGCCUCACAAGAACAAGUAGAAAUUGAUGAACAUCCAGAUCCUCAUGAUUCUGAAAAUUCGCACUCAGGUAAAUCUUUGUGCUGCCCAAUAAUGAGAAGAAAUUUGGGGGGGCUUUUUUCAUGCUUAAGGAAAGCCAAAAGAAACAAGCCACUUUGGCGAUUCACCCAAAAUUUGGAAAAUCCUGAUUAAUGGAAAUUCGAAGGCUAAUACUGUAUAUACUAUUUUGAAGAAUGUAUACGUAUAAUGUUUCCUUCUGCAGACAUAAAAAAUCCAUUAUAAACAAAAUCUUACAAUUAAGGAGAUGAAAUGAAUUCUACUUUAGCUGAGAUUGUUCUGAAUUAAAAUUAGUUUUUAUAAUAUCUAACACAAAAGUAGUACUUUAGAAUUACAAUUGAUUGAUGGAGUGUGUAUUUUACAUUACACUUUUUAAGCCAUAUGUACAGAUGAAGUGAAAGAAUCAUUGAAAUAUUCCUUGAUUUUGACUUGACGGAAAUUCAUUUGCAAAUAUGGUCUUUCAUUAUGAUUCUAACUUGAUAUUGCUUCAUCAGGUGAUAAUGUCAUUCAAUACAAAUGUAAUGUGCUUGAAUGACAUCAACUAAUAAUGUCUUUCAUUGAUUUAUGCUAUAUGGUAUAAGAAUAUAGCUAAAUAAGUGAUGUAAAUAUUGACACUGUUGGUUUGCUCUCUGUACUGUAAAGUGAAGGACAAUGCUUGAAUUUCAUAUUUAAUCAAUGAGUAAGAAUUAAGUUCAAGAAUUGUAAGCAACACAGUACAAGUAUUCUUUUCCCUAACAAAAUCCUUUUUAGAUGCUGCUCAUACUUUAAAUGUUUAGAUAUAAAUAUGCACAUAAAAUGUGCCUUAUGAGAUUACUGCCCGGUUAACUUCACAGUACAAGUUUUUGCACAAUAACCAUGUCUUUCAUGUGUGUUUUUGAUUGUCAAUACUGUAGUGAUAGUCUACCCCUGAAAAUUGGAAAUGAUUGGAUGUGAUGACCACAGGUCUUUGUAAUAGGAAAUGAUCUCAACAAAACUGUGAAUUUAAUGAUCUGAGCCUGAAGCUCUGUGUGUUUCAAUAUCUAGAAUUUUGUCUAUGAUUGUAUGUAAGAAUAAUCUCUUAAGCUGAUGUUACAGUAUGUACUGUGUAUCAAUAUGCCCUCCAUGACUGAACAGGGUGUAAAAUAAGGAAUGUGGUUGUCAUAUGUAGGUUACGACCAGAUCCCUGUCUGUGUACAGGGGUAUAUUAACCCUUUCACUGCAACGUCAUUAAUUAAUCAGGAUAUCCUGUGUGCGGACAUUUAAAAAAAAUUCUAUUAUACAAGUAUAAUGAAAAAAAAUUAUUUUAUAUGCUGAGUUCAACUACAGUAUACAUAUUUCAACUUGGUUAGAAAAAUACUUAUGUAUAAUACAGUUGCCUUUUUGCUUGUCAGGCACACGCAUCAAUUUUUAACCACAUAAUCUUAUAUGUUAUAGCCACAGUGAAAGGGUUAUAAUGAUUUAUUGAUCUUUGUAAGUCUUUUGUAUGUUUAUACGUACUGUACUAUUUAUACACAGAUUGGGUCCCUGUUUCCAAAUUAAAUCUUUUGCAUACAU